AGUGUAAGAAGAGCCUGAGUGUUUCAAAAUGUUGAAAACUAUCGAUGAAAUAUUCAAAGAUUUCACGCUAUUAUAAUAUUUUCAUUUUGGUGAAUGUGUUCGAGAAAAGAGAAAAAUGUUAAUUUUGAAGUAUCCAAUAAAACAUUAGUUUUGUGCGAUUAGAUAACUUUGUCGGUUGUCUUUUAUGAUAAACCCCUUUAAUGGCGAAUACUGUGGAAAAUUUUUGCAUGUGAUAUACAAGAAAAAUAAGUUGCAAUAUAUAAAAUCAUAUUUUGGACAAGUCCUCGAAAAUAACAAUCUUUUGGAAUAGGCAAAAGAUGACACAUUUGUGGACAAUUUUUGGACUAUCACCGGAUGAUGCAAUACAAUCACAAAUUGUCAUCAUCUCAAUAUCGAAAGUUCCAUACAAGGAAUCCAUAUUAGAUCCAUCCAUGCGGUGCGUGAGCUUACAGUUGCUUUUUAAAAAUCGCGCGGGAAUAUGGAACUUUCACUGAGCUCAGACGCUACAUAACCUCACUGUUGCUCAGUUUGUGUGACGUUGCGCCCGGAAAACAAUGUGGGUUAUCUGAGGCUAGAAAAAGUGCCCCAAAAUCGUGAAAAAAUGGGAAAGUUGAAGCAAUCCCACCAUCAGAGUGGCAAAUCGAACCCUGUUGUGCAAUUUAUACGAAAAUAUGCAUCAAUUACCUUUGUAAAGUCACUACUUUUCGAUCCGUCCCGGCUGCCACUGGUCUCAUGGGGAAUUCUGCUGGCGGAACUCCUUCUCAAUGUCAUUGUGGUGCUACGGGUCCCCUACACGGAGAUUGAUUGGGUGGCCUACAUGCAGGAAUGCGAAGGAUUCCUCAAUGGCACACUCAACUAUGCCAUGCUGAGAGGUGACACAGGUCCUUUAGUAUAUCCAGCGGGUUUUGUCUACAUCUACAGCAUACUGUAUUUUCUCACUGGCCAGGGAAAAAAUAUCCGAUUGGCUCAGUACAUUUUUAUCGGAAUCUAUUUGCUGCAAAUGUUCCUGGUUCUGAGGAUCUACUCGAAAUCCCGCAAAGUGCCUCCAUAUGUGCUACUUCUGACAACUUUUACGUCGUACAGGAUCCACUCGAUCUAUGUCCUGAGGCUCUUUAAUGAUCCUCUGGCCAUUGUUUUUCUCUACGCUGCACUGAAUUGCUUCCUGGACGGAAAAUGGAAUCUUGGGAGUGUUUUUCUGAGUCUUGGAGUCUCCGUAAAGAUGAAUAUUUUACUAUUUGCUCCAGCAAUCCUACUUUUUUACAUCACAAACUUGGGAUAUGUCAAAACUAUCGUACAACUGGCUAUUUGUGGAGGGAUUCAGCUGUUCCUGGGAGCGCCAUUUCUCCUGACAUUUCCUUUUGAGUACUUCAAGGGCAGUUUUGACUUGGGAAGAGUCUUUGAGCACAAAUGGACUGUAAAUUAUCGGUUUCUGUCAGAGGAAAUCUUUGUCAAUCGAUCCUUUCAUAUUGGACUCCUCCUGGCUCAUGCCAUCCUCCUGAUCAUCUUCAUCCGGCCAGCGUUUCGUUACUUCCAGAGUUACUGUCGCCUCAGAAGUCUCCAGAGCCAACUUCAGCCUCAAAUAGAUGCCAAAAAUGCCGAGAUUGAAUCUGAGAAACGUCAAAAGCUGAAAAAGAGGAAGAAUGUUCAGGAAACUGAGGAAAAACUAACUCCUGACCAGGAAAAAUUCCUCCAAUCCUUCGAAAAGGGUCUCAAGGCAAACAUGUCCGAUGUUCCUCGUCCAGAAUCCCCCGAAGAAGAAAAAUACUCCAUCCAUUUCGAUCGCUGCACUCAACUGGCCAUCCUGCCCAUCUUCCUCUGCAACUUCGUCGGGAUUGUCUUUGCCCGGAGUCUCCAUUAUCAGUUCUACGUCUGGUACUUCCACACUCUCCCUUAUCUAGUGUGGUUCACAGACUUCCGGACAAGUGUCAAAUUCCUAAUUCUGGCUCUUAUUGAAUUCUCCUGGAACACCUAUCCCAGCACAAAUUUCUCCAGUUUACUCCUGCACAUGUGCCAUGUUGGCAUUCUCGGUGGCAUCUGGAGGAAAUUCCUCAAGACUCAAUGACAAAAUAAAGACACACUCACAGAGAAAAA